GACAUUUAUGACAACAGUUUGAACUUCUAUCAUGAUUUCUUCACUAAUAUUCUACUUGACAAUAAUUGUCGGGUUCACGUGUGCCGACUUGGUUUUUUCACCUUAUAAAUCCGCGGAGCAAUACAAAUGUGGAAGUUUUAUGGAAGAUAGGAAUGGUCGAAAGGCUGAUGCCGUUCUUAGUUUUUACUACACUACAAUCGAUCAGUUCAUCACAUUUGUCUCAUACCCUUUUCCACAUCAAGAGCUUCUGAACGAUCAAGCAUUGACUGGAGAUCUUGUUGAACUUCAAUCUUCAGUUGAAAAGAAGUAUUGGCAGUGGAUCGAAUUUCAAAAAGGAUGGAUUGUACUGAGCGUCGGACUUGUUGCGAUAAGUGUGCUCUUUGUGGUUUUUUAUUUCUUCUACAAGUGCUGCGUGUGUAUUUGCUCUCGAUCCUCUAAAAAACAGAAUACUGAUGCAAGAUAUGACGGAUGCAAACGAAGCAUGUGCAAUCUGUUGUUAUUUGUACUGGUCAGUGCGAAUGCGUUUGUUGCUUUUACCCUGUUAAUGACAAGCCAAUAUGCUCAAAUUGGUUUGGAUAAGCUUCCAAAUCGGAUGAAUCAAUGUGUCGACGAUUUGCAGUCAUACAAAAGAGACAGUGAUAUGAGAAUACGAAAGUUGCUCAUCGAUGAUUACCAGGUCCUCAAUUCAACCAUUACCAAACAACUAUCCACUGCCGGAUAUAAUGUAGUGGACCGCGUCAAAAAACUGACUGGCGCACAUGUCAUUGACGUUUUCAUGAACAUUAGCAAAGUGGCGCAAGAAAUGCACGAUGGGUUGGAGUCAGUUCAUGGAAAGGUCAGAUUUCUAAACGAAGAAGGUUCACGGUUUGAAGCUGAGUUCUCACGAUUACGAAAUACGGCUAAUGAAGAGCUAGUCAAGUGUCUUGAAAAUGAGCUCGAGCCGGUUAGAAGCAUGUGUGCAAAAGCAGAACGACUCCUUGAGAGUCUCGCUGUCACUCAAUUCAAAAUUGACCAAAAAUUCCUGCCCGAUGCAACUGAGACCGGGCUUUCCGAAAUUGUCAAUGCGAAUAUUACUCAAGUACUCGCUGCAUCCAACAAUCAAUUUGAGCAAUUAGAGAGCAGAAUACAACACGAAAUUGACAAAGAAACAUAUUCCGCUCAAAAUAUGUUGAAACAAAUCGGAGAUGAUCUGUUUCUGGUAGCUGAAACAAUUUCGACUCAAUUGCGCAAAGUAACAUUUGAAGCUUUGUAUAGCACUGUUUCUUAUGUAUCGGACCCUAAAAAAACACCAACUCUCAAAUACAUGCAAUACAGCUGGUAUGCGUCUCUUGUUAUCACAAGUUUGUUUAUUCUCCUGGCUCUCAUUUUCCUAUUUGGAGUUCUUUAUGGAAUAUGUGGUCGACGUCCAACUUAUUACAACGAUGAUUGUUGUGUAAGAAGCACUGGCGGAAAGUUUUAUUCUUUUGGAAUUGGGGCUUUUCUUCUUAUCUUUGUCUUCCUGGCAGUGGGAACUUCUGCAUUGAUGUUUGCUGUUGGAAACUUCUCAAACUUGGUGUGCCAGCCCAUGAGAAAUCCCUUGAGCCAUCCGGAAUCGUUAUCGCUUGCUGAUAGAUAUAUCAAUCUUUGGAAAGCAAAUCACACACCUGAAAAUGAUAUCGAGGUUACUCUUCAGUCGAAAUCGCCGGCAGAAAUUAUUAGAGCGUGUUCAAGAAACGAGACGCUGUACAACUUUUAUGGAUUUGACAAAAAGUAUCAUUUGAACAAACUACAGGAUUUUGAAAAAGAUGCAUACAACCAACUGCAAAUUUCCUUGCGAACAACUAUGGAAAAUAUGCCGGAAAUUCGUCCGCUUGAUGCAUUCAUUUCAAGAAGCGAACUUCGAGAUUUGGAGAAACUCGCCUCAGUGAAUGUUUCAAAAGUUAGCCAACAAGGCCUGAAUGCGAUAAAGCAUGCAAUGGAUGAACUCGACUUAGCAUCCAAAACGCGGGAAUUCGAGGAAUCUCUAGACGCAAAUUCGGGUCGUCCUAAGGCAGUGACUCUUGUUCUUGAACAAAUCAGAGAGUUAGAGAUUCAAUUUGCGAAACCAUUAAGGAGCAGAUUAGAGGCAUUGUACUCUAACAUUACUUCACUCGAUGAAAAACUUUCUCAGCUUCAAGUUCCUGUUUCUUCUCUUCUUGUAAAGCUUCAGCAUGCUCAGGCUUUACUGGCUGAAAACAUGAGAGAGCAUUUCGGUCGUGCAGCUAAAGAAGAAUUCCAACAAAUGGUUAACAACAUCGACCAGUACAUAGUUCAUGUCAAAAGCCAGAUGGAGAGCGAGGUCACGUCAUGUCAACCGUUGACACAAAUUGCCCGGCAAACAACUGCUGCUGUUUGUGCUUACACAAUUGAUCCAUAUAACGGGACAUGGAUGUGUAUGCUGAUCUGCCUAGUUCUGUUGAUACCAAUUGUGAUAAUUUCAAACUCAUUAAUAGGUUUAUACUCUAAGAUGCACGCGUUCCCAAAAUACAUUGUGGAACCACCAUCUGAAACACAUCACAUGUCAUCGUUCAUUACCGAUACAUAUGACACUAGGCCUAAGCCUGGAUACGCAAACUACACCUACACAGAUGAUUAUCAACGUAAUUAUCGAUGAAGAGCCUCAGAAAAUGUAUUAUCACAAUUGCGCCUACUUAAUUAAAAAAUGCAUGUAUUUAUGUCGACAAUUCAGUUGAAAUUUUCUUUCAUUUCAUUUGAUCGCACCUAGAAUCUACGAGUAUCAUUUUCCCAUUAUUCAUUUCUCCCAGUCCCAUGUUCUUUUUCUUAAAAUCUACUCAAGUGAACCGCUCAAUUCUACGCACACAGUUUUUCUAUUCAGUGCCAUUUUUGCAUUUCCGUUUUUUCCUCAAAUUCGAUCUUCAGUUGUUUGACUUUUUUUCAGUUUCCGUAACUUUUACUGAUAGAAUUAUCAUUUAUGUGAUGAUUCCCCAAUUGCGGUUCGUAUUUGAAUAAAAACAUUAAACCA